AUGGAAUCUAUUGAUCAUUGCAGGCAAGGCGAUGCGCCAGAAAGAAAUCAAAAAGAUAAAGAAAAAAGGCUUGAUAAAAAUGGCAAAGCCAAAUUAAAAGAUUUAGAGGAUAAACUUUCCAAAAUAUUGGACACAAAAAAGGUAAAAUUUCUAGAGGAAAAAAAAAAAUUUGAUCCAACUUUUUUUAUCCACUAUCUUAAUGCUAAUUAUGGUGAUGAAAGUUCUGCAAAUGAAGACAGUGACGAUGGAUAUUCGGAUGAUGAUGAUAAAGCAUCUGAAGGAUCUGAAAAGCAUAUUCCACUUCCUCCUGGUAAACCUCCUUCAAAUGAAUCAGAUAACGAUUUACCAGAACUACCACCUGGAACACCUCCAAAACAUGAUGAUUCAGAUGAUGAUUUACCAGAAUUACCACCUGGUCCGCCGCCUUCAUUACACAAUAAUGAUGGAAAUGCACAAUCUUCGGGAAUAUCUAGAUCACCACCCUUCGGAUUUAGAUCACCGAGUAUGCCUGCAGGUCCACAAUAUCCACCUCCACAAAGGCAAGGAGCUCCUUUGAGACCAUUAGAUUCUCGACCGCCACCUUUUAGUGUAAAUAAGGUGAUAAGAGAUCAUAUGAAAAAUAAUUACAGUAUUGAUUCAUUAGAUUCUUAUGGUUCUUCCCAAAGAGCAUUUCCACAACCCAUCGUCACUGACAAGAGUCAACCAAUGAAUGCAUCAUUACUUAAAUCUACCACGACGGCUACACCGGUUAUUCAAGCAGAACCUCAAGUCCGUAAUCUUCAAAAAGAGUUAACUACACUUGUUCCUGCUGCACUGCUAAGAAAGAAAGCAGAUGCUCGUAAGCCAAAAGUAGCACGGCCUGUCGUAAAUGCUGCACCUAAUAUUGAUGAUGGUAUAGGAACAUCUACUUCAUCAGUAAAAAGAAAUGCUUCAAUAGCAAUUCCAUUAUUACAACAACAAACUGAUUAUGAUGUUCAAUCAUCCGAACAAAAACAACCUGUUGCAAGUACAUCAUCACCAGCAAAAAAAGCAAAGACUAAAAAGAAAGUUGAUGAAUAUGAUAAAUUCAUGGCUGAAAUGCAAGAUUUGUUAUAG